AAUAUUGAACAAGGAAAUAUUUUGUGCUUGCAGGACCUUCGGAAAUCCAUUCAAGCCAACAAGUUUGGAGAGAAUGUUGAGUUUAAUCAAUUCAGAGCGUCGAGAUGGAGACCGACUCACUCAAGUGGGUAGGCUCAUCUUGUGGUUUGCACGGACCGUACAUUUUCUACAAGGCUUUUAAAUUUGAUCGGGACGGAAAAGCGCGGAUCUUGUCCCUGGGUGACUUUUUCCUUGUCAGAUGCACGCCGGAGGACCCGAUUUGCAUAGCGGAGCUACAGCUGCUGUGGGAAGAACGGACCACUAAGCAGCUCUUGUCCAGCUCCAAACUUUACUUCCUGCCCGAAGACACCCCUUCGGGUCGGACAGUCAACCACGGAGAGGAUGAGGUCGUCAGGGUGUCGGAGAAGGUCAUCCUGCGGCUGGGCGACCUGGUGAAGUGGACGGCAGGUGACCUGUCAGCAUGGGCGCGCGGCCGGAGACCAACGGUGCCCGGGGUGACGGCAGUGCCCAAGGCGGCCGUGCUGAGGGAGCUGGGCACCAAUGGGCACAGAGAACCCCGCCAGGGUAGUGGCGGGCACAGACCCGCACACACACACCUGAGCUCCCACUUCAGGAUCAGCCUCAGGGAUGUGCUGAGGGAGAAAGCCCAGAUAGGUGAGGAUGCGGAGGAGCGGGCGAAGGUGCUGGUGCUGAGCUACCCGCAGUACUGUCGCUACCGCUGCAUCCACGCCCGACUACAGGGUGCCAGGGACGUCGCCGUGGUGACCGAGCGCAUUGUGCGGGCGCUGGGGGGCAUCGGCCCUCUCCAUGGAGACGUGCACGUUCUGUACUGCCGCGAGACGUUCCAGCACACCACGCUUGGACACAACCAGAGCGUCUGUGAGCACUUUGCCCCCAACCUAAAGGGCAGGCCACGGAAGAGAAAGCUCUCUCAGCGCCGAGAGGACCAGAACCUGAACCCAAACCAGCCCCUGCAGACCGGUCCACCAGCCCGCCGCCCAGCCAGAACCGCUGCAGAACCCAGGCCCCCUCCCAAGGUGAGGACAGAGUGCAGGGUGGUGGUGGCGAAAGUGAAGAAUGUAGGGAUGUGUAAGAGAGAGGAGGGAAGGAGGGAGCGAGAGAAGGAGGGAAGGAGGGAGCGAGAGAAGGAGGAGAAGGAGGGCAAGGCCAGGAGAGAGAGGCAGCAGGCAGGUGAACAGGCUUUCCUGGCCGCUCUGCACCGGUACAUGAAGAAAAGACAAACACCCAUCGAGAGGAUCCCCUACUUGGGUUUCAAACAGAUUAACCUGUGGACCAUGUUUCAGACGGCCCAGAAGCUUGGAGGCUACGAACAGAUCACAGCUCGUAGGCAGUGGAAGCAGGUGUAUGAUGAGCUUGGGGGACAUCCUGGAAGCACCAGUGCUGCCACCUGCACCCGCAGACACUAUGAGAGGUUGCUGCUUCCAUACGAGAGAUACUCAAAGGGACAGGAAGAGGGGCCUGGUGUCGAGUUCCGCCCCAUCAAGGCGGAGCCAGUGUCCAUUGCAGGAAGUACAGAUCAAGGCUCCUCCCCCAUAUCUAGCCAUCCCAAUUCUGGAGCAGCCCUGAAGCAGGAGCCUCAGAGCAACACCCAACCACAGAGCUCUGCGGGUUCAGAUGACGGUGAAGGUUUGCAGCAUUCAGUGCACCUGAGAGAUGUGAGCAUCAACAGCAAGACAGAGAUGGAGGAGGAAGAGGAGGAGGAGCUCAAGGUUACCGUGAAACAAGUAGAAGCUCUCUCCACUCAAGCAAAUCACCAUGACAACCACCAACCAGCCAAUCACAUCCACGCGGACCUCUCUCUCCAGACCGACCGAAAGCAUCCGUCACCUUCAGUCGCAGACCCAUCAGGAAGACUCUGUCACCAGGACGAAGAUGCCUCCAGGGGCAGCCUCUCCCAAGGGGAGGCGCGGCCACCCGAAGCCCACUGGCAGGCCUCCUCUCCUGGCCACCACUCUCUGCAGCCCCUGGGUGCCCUGGAGCCCUGUGUGUCUGGUAGCAUCCCUGAGAGGGAGAUGGAGCCGGAGGGUCCUGUGAGGGAGGCAGCUGAAGGCUCUCCACCUGGAGCUCUGAUACGCUCCCGAGGCCUGGAGGGGUCACUCCCAAACGCCCACAGCGGGGCUCUGACCAGCUCCCGAGGCCUGGAGGGGGCGCCCCCAAACGCCCACAGCGGGGCUCUGACCAGCUCCCGAGGCCUGGAGGGGGCGCCCCCAAACGCCCACAGCGCCCCUUACUUCAGCACCCCUCACAGUGUCCUGUCCCCCCUGGCCAAGAAGAAGCUGCUCUCCCAGGUGUGCACGGGUGGGGGGUGUGCGCCCCAAAACUACCCCACAGCGCCCCCUGCUGCUGCUCGCUCAGACGUGACGGCGCGUGGGGGCAGCUGUAGCUGGGGCGUCGUCUCCAGCACGCUUGACCCUGUCGGCCAGCAGGGGGCGCCACCUGCUCACCCCCCCAGCCCAGAGACGGCCUCCGCCGCACGGCCCUCCGUCAUCCAGCACGGCCAGAGCUCCAGGCCGCCGUGCCGCACCGCCCCAGGGGAGAGGACCCCCCCAGCAGGCCCCCCAGGGGAGAGGACCCCCCCAGCAGGCUCCCCCAAGUCCUGCCGCAGGGACGAGGCUUCUCCGCAGGCACAUCUGCUGCCCACAGCUACCCACGAGCAGGUCCUGGAAUGCGUGCAGAUGAGGACCUGUGAGGAGACUGUGGCCUCUGGACACAGGGCACAGGUGUUCUACUCGUCCCCACACCUGCAGAGCCUCGACCGCCACACCAAGCACCGACUCAGCCAGCAGCACCAUCGCCAGCAUCAGCACCUGGGAACGCAGGUGCAGGUGUGUCCGUCCAGGGCCGGGGCGACAGGUGAGAUCGCUGGGGCUGCACAGAACAUUCCAGAUGUGGUCAUCGAUGAGAGGUACUCGACGCAGCCCCUGCCAGCACACCUCGGACACCACGGAACGUCCGUGAACAUGCAAGCGGCCGACGAACCAGCCGGCCUGAGCCCUCGUAAGACGCCGCCUGCCAAGGGUCAUAACUAUCCCACAAUGCACGGGGACUGCAGAGUGCCCGCUCCCAUACAGCUGGGCCUAGAUGCCCAUGGCAUAUCCUGCCACAGGUUCCCAGUGCCCAUCCGAAAUGCCAGCCUGGCCUAUAAGGUGUCCGUGCCCGCGGGCGUCAGUGGCACGGGAGGAGUGAAACGACCCGGUGGUCUCUGGCAGACAUCAGAGACUGUCCGAGGAGUCCGGCGCCCCCUAGAGGGUCCAGAGCGCAGGGCGCCUCCUGCAAAGACUCGAGCGCUGUGCCCGCGUCUCCCUGGACGGCAGUGGUCAGCGCCCGCGGGCUCGGGGGGGUGUGCCCGCGUCUCUGAGCGGCAGGGGGAGGAAGCGGCGCCCGCUGAGCCCGUGCGGGCCGUGCACCUGAACAGCUCCUCCUCGCAAGGCCACCGGUGCCCCCAGCACGCACGCCACCUGGGCGGCCUGUGCCCCGCGGGCACCUUUGGGGCGCAGGAGGGAGCCUGCGAGGGGCCCCGGGCGGUAGGGUACCCCCCUCCGCACCCGCUGGCCUUCCUCAAGAGCCGAGGGGGCACUGUGGCGACGGGGGUGGCACCCCCGUUUAUGCUGCAUGCCCUGAUGAUGCAGGGGCAGCUGGUGAGGUCGCCCGCCCAGACCUUCGUCCACCAGGCGUCCUCUGCCCACAGAACGGGGCGCUUCAGUGAGCCCACGCCCCAUGGCAUGUACCCACUGCGCCCGUUUAACCCGCCUCACACACACCCUGCGCCCCAGCUGCCCGCUGUUCAGCCCAACACACAACUCUGAUACACACACACACACACACACACACAAAUAUGUGCAUACACACACAUAUACAUACUAUAUAUAUACACACAUGCGUUUGUGUGCACACGCAUAUAUGUACAUAUACACAAGCUUCACACAUCUCAUGAAUGUCUUACAAUAAGAGGCGUUAGUGACGGUGUGACCUUGAACUUGAAAACACUGUGUCAUCUAAAGCCUACAAAUAAAACAAAAAGCCUUAUAUCUUAGGACUGUCUGAGUGGCUUAAGCCUUAUAUCUUAGGACUGUCUGAGUGGCUUAAGCCUUAUGUCUUAGGACUAACUGUGUGUCAAGAAGCCUUAUAUCUUAUAUACUGUCUGAGUUGGGUGCCUCCUGAACAGGAACAGCUUCAGUAGACACACCGUGCUUUGUUGGAUCAGAUGAUCUCCCUUUGGACUCACAUGAUCUCCAUUUAGACUCACAUGAUCUCAUGAUCUCCAUUUGGACUCACAUGAUCUCAUGAUCUCCAUUUGGACUCACAUGAUCUCCCUUUGGACACACAUGAUCUCCAUUUGGAGAUCUCCAUUUGGACUCACAUGAUCUCCAUUUGGACUCACAUGAUCUCAUGAUCUCCAUUUGGACUCACAUGAUCUCAAGAUCUCCCUUUGGACUCACAUGAUCUCAUGAUCUCCAUUUGGACUCACAUGAUCUCCAUUUAAACUUACAUGAUCUCAUGAUCUCCCUUUGGACUCACAUGGCCACCACAGCUCAUCCGUAUUACUCACGUGUGUCUCGAGGUUGUCUCACAGUUCUGUGAGAUGUGGGGAUCGAUGUGUAGUUUCCCACUGAUGUACCAAGACUGACUGAAGUUGGACAUGGUCUUCAGAAACAGAAUAAACCAGGUUGUGGGCCAGCUCUGGGCCGCAUAUCCCCCAGCACACCAGAGUUUCAGCCAAACCAGUGCAAGAGGAAGGUGUCGGUUCAGUAAGAGACGUUAUUAAGUGGAUAACCAGUGCAAGAGGAAGGUGUCUGUUCAGUAAGAGACGUUAUUAAGUGGACAAAUCUGAUUGCUGAUCUUUUGUGGAGGUGAUUAUUGGACUUGCACUGUUAAACUCCAAACAAACACUUCAUUAGCAGCAUAUUGUCUAGGAAUGUCAUAUUAAAGGUUUUC